GAGCUGGAGCCCGAGAGGGGCCUGCUUAGUCAUGAGUUCUAAAACCUGAACCUCUCAGAAGCAAGAAUUCCUGCUCAGCUUCACAUCUCCGAAGGCUCCUUAAGGAAGCGUGUAUCUCUCACCAGAACACCUCACUUGCCUACAGCAGGGACUGGGUGUCCAUGGCCCUCCGGCCCCCUCAGCAGUGAGGAAGCUGCCUCUGUAAGCCCACCGUCUCCGGAGGGAGACCAAGGCAGCACCAUUGGGGUUCUCAAGGGUGGGCCCCUCCGUGUCUCCACCCGGGACCGCCAGGGUCUGAGCCUGCAUUUGACCAGUGAUGAGGCUCCGCUCUGCAUGGGUGGCACCCGCCACUCUCAUCAGACCACAUCCUGUUUGCGUUGUCUCUUUGUCCUGUGGCCCACAGUGCCCCUUCCUUCACCACCAGCAGCCCCAAAGGAAUCCUAGGGCUAGGAAUGCACAGCAAUCAGGCAGGCUGGGGCUCACCACACCAGAGAUCUUCAUAAAGCAGGGAAACCCCAGAACCAUGUCUGCUGGACCAGGACCUGAGCAGCUCUGCCUGACAUUGGGGCCCAGAGACUCACCUGCCCUCUUUGGAGCAGCCCACUCACAGCACAGUGAGUACAGCGUGGGAUGGGAGGACAGGCUCACCAGAUGAGGAGCCUCCGCUCUCUGCUCUACCUCCUCUUCCCUCUGAGUGUCUGCUUUCCCGUGCUGGAUAGAAGGGGACCCACAGACAUGGGUGACAUCGGAGCCAGGACGAGCUGGGCCCAGCUGGCUGAGGGACACCCCCCUCACUCAAUUCAAAGACCACAGCCACAGGCCCUGCUUGUGAUGGCCAAGGAGCAGCAGGCCUCACGCAGGGAACACACCGGCUUCCGUCUAGGGAGGCAGGACGUUAGCAGUGAGGCUGCAGGGUUCCUGCCCACUGACUCUGAGAAGGCCAGCGGCCCCCUGGGGACUCUGGCAGAGGAGCUGAGCAGCUACAGCAGGAGGAAGGGGGGCUUCAGCUUCCGCUUCGGACGGUGAGGGCCUGUGUGGACUCUGCCCGGUCUGACUGUCUACUGUUGCCCCGGCCCCACCCUCAAGAACCCAGACCCAGAGAGCGUUUCACAGCGAACUAGUGGUGGUCUAGUGGUGGUGAAUAGGUGUGUGUUCAUGUUUUCAUUUCCAACUUUGCUAAAGUGAAACACCUGGGUGGUGUUUAA